AUGCAUGCCAAGUGUGUGAUUAAAGACAACGAUGAGCUUAGCAUACAGUUCAACAAGACCUACCUCGCAUUGGCAAACAAGGUUGGUGGGUUGUCGAACUUGAGUUACUCAGAAAAAGGACAGAUCAACCCGAAUUUCUUUUAUGCAAUAGAUGUCAACAAAGCUAACAAGUUUAGGAGUGCGCUCUGGGUAGAUGCAAGGUGCAGGACGUCGUAUGAAUAUUAUGGAGAUGUGGUGUUGUUUGAUACAACAUACAGUAGAAACAACAUGAACUACCAUUUGCAUCUUUUGUUGGGGUCAACCAUCACGGGAAGUCCACUUUGCUUGGCUGUGCUUUGCUUGGGAAUGAGGAAAUUCGAAUACACAAGCUCUAUGUUUAGGGAAGUCCAACAGGAAUUUAGGAAAAAAGGCGAUUGUUUAAUCCAUGGUAUGACACAAGAGGGUGAUUUGUCCUGUGUGAAUGUGGACGAGCAAUGCCUACUUUAUGGGGAGUCUAGGUACUGCACUAACAUUGUUGAUUUUGACCAUUUGACAUGCAAGGUUCGGUGUGAGUACAACAUGUUUGAAUCAAGAAACAGAGUACCAUCUUGCUAUAUUCUCCCUCGUUGGAGCAAGAAUGUACAGUGGAAGCACACUUAUAUCAAGAGCAACCAUGACAUGAAUCGAUCGAAUGAAAGCCAUAACUUAUUCAGAGGAUUGUGUUCACACUUCUUUAUUGUUGCCCAGGAUUUUGUAACCUGUGACGAAGAAGCAAACAUGUUGAAUUCGGCUCUUGACAAUGUGAGGGCCAUGCUUAUUGAUUAUCGUGACAACUUAGGGUCCAAAAGUGUUGCUAGUACACAGAACAGCAUGGCCAUACAGUAUGAGUGCAUGGUUGGUCCAGACGGCAUUGAGGUCCUUCAAAGGUGGCAAUAA